CAUGCGCCGCACCUCCAAGCGUGGACGCGCUCUUUCUGACCGGAGCGGCCGGUGCAGGCGGCAUGUGGGCGCUCCUCGCGCUGCUCGUGAGGCAGUUGGUCGCCGCGGGGCUGGAGUCGCCUGCGGGGAAUGCGUCCGGCCUGCCCUGCAGCCCCCACGGCGGGCCGUGCUGGACCCCGGCGCUCGUCCGCAGCCUGCCCCAGGAGCGGUUCUGCGACGGCCGCUCGGAUUGCCCUGACGGCGCGGACGAGUCGGCAGAGGCUUGUGGGCACUGGGGAGUCCCGCCCGCCCCGGCCUGCCCCUGCCUGUUCCAGUGCGCGGAGGGCGCGGAGUGCUUUCCGUCCGCCUGGGGCUGCGACGGCCACGCCGACUGCCCGGGCGGGCAGGAUGAGCAGGGCUGCGGCCCGGACUCGCCUGGGACCGCCCGAGCCCCGAGCGCUGCCGGGACAGAGAAUCCAGCGAUCUCCGAACCUGGGAAACUAGUGUUGUCUGAGACUCGAGGCACCUUGUGGGUGAUAGCUGUUUUUGUGCUCCUGAGUGUGCUGAUGGCUGCAGGCUGCACUGUUAGAUGGGGCCAAUUCAGAGCAAAGAACAACUUCUCCACCUUCAGCCUCGAGAAGGCUUCCAAAGAGCAGCUGGUGCCGGACAGGAGACCUUCAGACUCAUUUCCCUGAUGGGAAGCUGCAGUGCUGUGAGAUGGUGAGAUGGGACCCAGCUCAGUGAUCCUCAUCACACUCCCUCCAAAUGCUGAUUGCACAGUUUCUGGGACAAGUUUUCAGGGGUUUGAUUGGGUGACAAUCACACUGGAGCAAUCAAGGACUCUUCCUUUGGCACAGGGAGCUUAGAUUUUGGGAUUAUAAUGGCAGUGGGAAAUCAGAAAUGACUGUCGCUCAUGCUCUAAAAUCAACCCUACAAGAAUGUGAUGGAAACACUUGGAAUGUCAGAACGGGUCAUCCAUUUUCCCCCAUCCUAAAGACACACGCACACAAAAUGUGGGUUAUUCCACAAAAUGCUUCUCGCUAGAAUAGCUCUGGACAGUGCACAGUGUAGCCUCUGCCGUACAUUUGGCUGCUGUCCCUUCCAUGCCCACCCAAGAGUCCAUUGAAAACUACCUCUUCCUACCAUGCUGUAUCUUGCCUGUAAGCGGAGCCAUUUGCUCCUGUUCCAGGGCAGGCCGUUCCAUUCCACACACCUAUGUGGGGCAGAGCUCAAAGUGACGUGGGUGUAUAAUUUAUAUCCCCGAGGAUACUGCUCAUAUUUCUAACACAUUAGCUCAAACUUCACAUACCAGAAGUUCUUAAAACAUCAUGUGACUGCAGGAGAACUGUCAAGGAGAUGGAUUACUGGAGAGUCUCUUGUAUGCUUCACUUUGCAUUGGGUCACAGCCCGUGCAGCAGCCCCUAGGCACAGCACAGGCAUUCAGGACCUGAGUGCCAUCAACUCCCAGUGCAGGCAAUGCAGGAGGUGCGCUAAGCUCCUUGCAGGAUUGGGCCUGUAGUUUCCACUUUGAAACUGAAAUCCCUGGACUUUGCAUCCUCUGUGCAGUCAGAAGAGUUUAUUAGCUGAUGUUUUAAGUUUUGACAAACAUCUGGAGCCAGCUUUGCUCUUCUUCACUUUUACCUCUGAGUAGUCUUGUUAGCUGCAAUGUGUCUCCAUUUCAGAUCUUGGUCUGCCCAACAUUUUUUUGUGGACUGUUAUUAAAUAUGUGUAAAACACUAAUACUGUAGAGGGAACUAGUGUUCAGUGUAGAAACCUGGUGCUGGUGGAGGGCGAGCGCUGUCUUGUCCCUUGACUCCAUUGUUGACAUCCAAGACCUGUUAUAUUCUUUGCACAGGUGCUCGCUGAAUAUGCACACAUAUGGUAGAAACUUGCUGCCCUGUUGGCUGAAUGUGGUGCCUUAAAGGUGAGGUUUCAGCUUGCAGGGCAUACACUCCAGCCAGCAGCCUGAGAGGGCGGGACUCCCUGGGGGUUUGUAUAGUGGGCAUAUGUGCAUACGUAAUAUGAGAGAGAGUUUGUAAGAGGUAUGACAUAUUUAGAGUCUUGGCUCUUCCCAGCACUGGCAUAGAGCACUAGCAAGAGGCAGAACCCCUGAGGGCUCCGUGUGUUGUGUUCUGUACAAUGGACGAAAAACCACAGUUGGCAAUUGGGCGGGUGCUGAAUGACAGUGGGGGAAUUAAAGAUCUUUAGAGAA